AUGCUUUUCGUUGGCGCAUUGGAUCCGUGGAAAGUUCUUUUCAUCCCGCUGGAGUGCUUGAGUUCGAUCGUUCUUUUCUGCGGUCUUGUCAUCGAGGCGAAGAACUCGUUGUUGCCAUUUUUAUUCAUUCAGGGUUUCAAAAUCUUCGUUAUUGGCAACAAUUUGUAUCAAGGGAUUGAGGGAAUGUUUGAUUGGGGAUCCGAGAAAAUGAUGGAAGCAAGACGAGAGCUUGAAUCCGCCGGCAGUCCCGAUUUCGAUGAUCGAAAAUUGGCACGAAUCCACUACGGGAUCUGGCUUGCGGCAAACUAUGGAACGGCGAUCAUCUGCUAUCUUUUCUUUUUCUAUAUAGUUUGGCGAUGUCGUCGUUAUUUUGCCGAUUUGGCUCACGUUCUAUCAGCAGAUGAGCAACAAGAAGUUGAAAAGGGAAAAGACAAUGAGGCGAUCGCU